AGCACCGGAAGUGUUCCGCCGCACGGGACGUGUCGUCAUCCGCGCGCGAGUGCGGAUUUUCCGUUUGCGGUUUUGCUUUUUCAAAAAAGGGAUUAAAAGAGGAAAAACGCUUUCCGGGGAGUUGAACAGCAGUUCGGACAGCGUGCCGGCGGGUCGAGGCAGUGACCCGACCUCGCCCUCGCCCUCACCUUCGGAGGGCAGGCACGCGGAGGCCGAGGGAACGACAGCCAGCUCCAACGUUCUCAAGAUGGGCAGCAUGGAUUCGGCGGACAACGCUCGCGGGUCCUCCUGCGGUCUCGUCAGUUCCCUGCUGCCUAGCAGCUGUCGGGGUAGUGCAGAGGCGUUUGCCCGGUGUCUUCAUCGACGGCUGACGUCUUUGAGCGGUGAGAAUGGCUCGCCCGACCGAGCCGCGGACGGGCCACGUGAGACCUCGUGGCUGCAUCCAUUGUCGUCGAGCAAUCACCAUUCGAUCGCCAAUAGUCUUACCGUCACAAAUCAGCAUUCGAUUCUUCAGCAUCAGCCGCGUCAUAGCUCGGAGUCGGAUCUCUUCUACGAGCUGGAGGAGGAAGAGGACGAGCUAGGGUCACCGGCUGAGGAAACGACCGCUGCCGAAUUGGCGAAUUUGCUGGUGAACCCAGAAAUUCUAAAGGCGAGUCAUCACGAUGCCUGCCACUGUUCGCCAAAUGGGACCAGGAUGACGCCUGGUCUCGUAGGUGUUCAUUCUGAAGGUUCCGAGUCUGGUUGCAUCUUUGCGUCACCGAUCGCCGGCACACCGCCCGACAGCGAUUCCCCGGAAAUGUUCUUCGAUCCAGAGUCUUCGGACGCUGAUAAAUCGAAGAACGAAGUCUUUUUUGAUCCGAUCAGCACUUCAGAUAGCGAGACCAACAAUUCGAAUCUUACCAAUGCUAGUUUUGUCCGCGCGAGAGUUAAGGCUGCGUUAAACGGACGCGUUAGACGGACAGAUACGAAUAUGGAACGCAGCGAGGAUACCACCUCCGAGUCGAGUUGCUCGUCGAGAAAGAACCCCGCGUCUUGCAUAAACGGCGAUCAUCAGCAGGAAGAGCAGAUCGUGUGCAGUUCGGAAGAUUCGCUCAAUGGCAGGAGCUCUAAAGAAACGACAUCGCCCAGUCAGGAAUCCCUGUGGAGCACGUUUGACGAUAGCACUGUGUCUCUCCAGGACGAAAGUCCACCUAGAAUUAUCAACCAGAAUUCUGUUGUUCCUGACAGCUGCCUGCCCAAGUCGCAUUCCGAUUCUGAGCUACCGAGCAAUGGCAAGAUGGCAAUAUCCGACAAAUUCAGAACAAACAAGCGAAACGAGGAGGUAGAGGAAGAGGAAGAGGAAGAGGAAGAGGAAGAGGAAGAGGAAGAGGAAGAAGAUAACGAAAAGGUCAAGGAUGUUGAUAAAGUUGACUUCGUCAAUGGUAUAUCGAAGAACGUGAUGUACAUUAAUGGUAGCGAACUCAAUGAUUUUGUUGACGAUGUCGAGGACUCGGUUGACAAGCCGAGAAACCGGGAAGAUUACACGGAAUCCGCAAAUGUCAUGAAGAGUACAGUGCUACAAGUGGAGAGUACGGUCACUAAUGACAGUAACCAAUCUGCUUACAGCAACGCCGUUGAUGUUCCAAAAACGUUGGAAUGCUUGAGUAGCGACGGGAUAACAAUCUCGAGGAGCGAGCUAAAGUUGCAGAUUAAAAACGAUAGCGCGUUACAUAAUUGCGAGGAAGAGAAGCUGAAUUAUUUACUGAAAAAGCUCGGCAACAAUUCUGAGAAGGAGGAUGAGGAGGAGGAUUUGUCGUCAUCGCCAGACCAGGAGACACAGAGCGAGAUUGUGGAAGAGGAAGAGGACAGGCCGCAGAGAGUUCGUAGGUGUUCUUCACUGAAGACUGGUAAAACGCCGCCAGGUACACCGCAUAGGAAGAAGAUUGUCCGUUUCGCGGACAAACUCGGCCUCGAUCUAGCCGACGUGAGGACGUUCCUGGACGAGAUACCGAAGAUACCCAAUUCCGCGUACAGCGACUUGAUCUACGAUGACAUUUUCCGACCGCAACAAGACAAUGGUAGUCCGGACACUGCCGCGGCGACCACCAGCGAUCAUCACUGGUGUGAUCGUUAUCAGGACGAUGGCAGGCGCAGAUCCAUGUCGGCGAUACCCAGAAAGAUCGAUCGGAUGUUGGUACCGUUGUUCCAGCAGCCAGGCGGCAUGGCAAACUUUCUGGAUUUGGUGCGCCAGCGGCGGGUUUGUCUCGAAAAUGUACUGGUGCAGGACCCGGUGACUUUGGCGAUUCAGGGUACGGUGCGCGUUAUCAACCUCGACUUCCACAAAUCUGUGCACAUACGAUACACCCUCAACUCCUGGCGAAACUUCAGCGAUCUACAGGCGACCUACGUAUCCAAUUCGUGCGACGGAUUCAGCGACAAGUUUACCUUUGUCCUCUAUUGCCACACGUUAUUGGUUGGUCAGAAGCUUGAGUUUGCAGUACGUUUUCAGUGCAAGGGAGCGCAACACUGGGACAACAAUGCUGGUGCCAAUUACUGCUUUCAGUGCCUGCCUGCCACGUCGUCGACCGGAUACAUACCGAUCACCGCUGAUGAGAAUCGACGUGGCAGCUGGUCGCCGAUAUUAUACUGAUGGACAUCCGGAUCGGCUUGACAUGAUAACGGGAACACAGACUGAAUCAGUUGUCAAUAAAGAGGCUAAUUUGGCGUGAAUUCGCGGCGCGAAUACUUAACCGGUACUUCUAGACAAGUAUUCCGCAAAAUGUAAGAAACGAAACUUUCGAGAUUUAUCAUUGUUUUCUGAUGCUGAUUUCGAAGAGUUUUUGAAGAGCUUGCAUAAUGAUUAUAUCAUUAAAUUCAUGUUUGGAAACGAAGAAUUUCUCCAAGUAUACACUUUAAGUUUAGACGCUAAUAAAAAAUGCUCACAAACUAUAUCUUGGAAGAUUAAUUUGUAAAAUUAACUUUGUUCGAGUUUUAUAAUACCACGCUAAAAUCUUUUGAUCUUAGAUAGCUUACUCUCCGAAAUCUCUUCCCACGAAAGCAUUUCUAGAGAAAUCGCGAAAUAUAUUCCGCCCAUUACAAUUUCUCAAACUGUACCUGUCAAGCCGAUGGAGUUACACAAUCUUAAAAGUUAGGAAAUUUUUUCGCGCUAAAAAAAAACAUUUGGAUCGACAAUACUCGAUUCAAA